AUGUUGAGGGCGGUGGCGAGGUGCUGCGGCCACUGGCCGCCGGGCGCCGCGGCGGCGGACGGGAUGCUGUGGCAGACGGAGCUGCGGCCGCACGCGGCGGGGGAGUUCUCGAUGGCCGCGGCGCAGGCCAACCUGGCCAUGGAGGACCAGGCGCAGGUGCUGGCCUCCCCGGCCGCCACGCUCGUCGGCGUCUACGACGGACACGGCGGGGCCGACGCCUCCCGGUUCCUCCGAUCCCGACUCUUCCCCCAUGUCCAACGCUUCGCAAGGGAGCAGGGGGGCAUGAGCGCGGAGGCGAUUCGGAGCGCGUUCGGCGCAGCCGAGGAGGAGUUCCAUAAGCAGGUGAGGCAGGAGUGGACGAAGCGGCCGCGGCUGGCUGCUGUGGGCUCAUGCUGCCUGCUCGGGGCCAUCUCCGGGGACACGCUGUACGUGGCCAACGUCGGUGACUCCCGCGCCGUGCUCGGCCGUCGAGUGGUCGGCGGCGGGGUCGCUGUCGCCGAGAGGCUGUCCACCGAGCACAACGCGGCGUCCGAGGAGGUGCGGCAUGAGCUCGCCGCGCUCAACCCCGACGACGCGCAAAUCGUUGUGCACGCCAGAGGGGCGUGGAGGGUGAAGGGGAUAAUUCAGGUGUCAAGAUCCAUUGGUGAUUUUUAUCUGAAGAAACCGGAGUAUAGCUUGGACCCCUUGUUUCGGCAAGUUGGCGCCCCUAUUCCAUUGAAGAGGCCUGCUCUUAGUGCUGAACCAUCAGUUCAAGUACGCAAGCUGAAACCAAAUGACCUAUUUCUGAUAUUUGCUUCGGAUGGUCUAUGGGAGCACCUCAGCGACGAUGAUGCGGUGCAAAUUGUCUUCAAGAAUCCGAGAACUGGGAUAGCCAACAGAUUGGUGAAGGCUGCCUUGAAGGAAGCAACCAGGAAGAGGGAGGUCAGGUACCGUGACCUGAGGACGAUCGACAGGGGAGUGAGACGGCAUUUCCAUGACGACAUCAGCGUCGUUGUGGUCUACCUUGAUCGCCACCGCGAGCGCCGCCACACCAGGGUCAUCGACUCGAGUAGCAACUGCACCAGUGCACCCGUGGACAUCUACUCCAACACCCACCAGUCUGCGAAGCCAUUGCACGCUUAUAAGAGCUGA